CCACCCUGGGCGGCCGCCCCGCCCCGCGCGGCCUGGGCGCCUGUCCGCCCGUCCAUCCGUCCGUCUGUCCCUCGGUGUGGCGACCGGUCUAGGGCGCAGGACCGGGAGGCCGGGGUGGGGACCGGGGAGGCUCCGUCCGCGACGCCCCCAGCCGCAGGCCAAUCCGAGGCGGCAGGCGGGGCGGCUGCGCGGCGGCGCGGGCGCGGCCCGGGAUAAGAGGCCAGGGGAGCCUACCUGGGCCGCGGGCGGGGCGCGGGGCGGCGCGGAGUGGACGGGACGCGCGGCGGUCUGCGGCAUGUCGGUCAGCAGGAAGAGCUGGGCCGCUCUGUCCAGCCUGACCCGGCAGUGGACCCUGGAGGACGAGGAGGAACAGGAGCGAGAACGCCGGCGGCGACACCGGAACCUGAGCUUUGCCGCGGAUGAUGAGGACCCGCCGGCCCCUGAGAGACUGCUGAGCGAGGAGGAAGCAGAGGGGCCCCAGCCACCAGCCCCAGACCCCAGAGAUGAGGAGGAUGUCCGGGCCGUCCUGAGGACGCGGCAGGAACGGAGGCAGAGGCGCCGGGAGGCCCCCCUCUCGGAGCUGCGGGAGGCCCCCGUCUCGGAGCCGCGGGAGGCCAGGCAUCCACCCCCGGCCCCCGAGGAGCGGGUGCAGUCGCCAUCUGGCCGGAGACUGAGCCCGCAGCGCGGCUCCACGGAUGAGGGGGGCCUGGCAGGCAGGGAGCCUGCGGGCUCCGAGAAGCCGCCUGCUGCAGGGAAGACACUUCAGCUGGAAGUGAGCCUGGAUCCUGAGACCCCCAGCCCCAGUAAAUGCUCCGUGUCCCAGAAGAUUGCUGUGCUGGAUGAGAGAGCCUUCUCAGGAAAGAGGGUGGUUCCAGACAAAGCCAGUGUCUCGGAGAAGAGACUGGUAUCUGAGAAAGCCACUGUCUUCGAGAAGACGCUGGCCCCCCAGACACAGCUGGCCCCAGGCAGGGCCAUGGCCCCAGCGCAGCCCCAGGCCCGGGAGCACCCAGCCUCAGUGGAGCGCCCGCCCAGCCCCAGGGGGCAGCGGGGUGCUGGGGGCGCUGGGCCUGAGAAGGAGCCUGAGUCCUCGGCGGGGCCUCUGCCCCGGGCUGGCAGCCUCCCGCCUGUCACUCUGCAGGUGAGGACCCCCAGCAUGGAGGCUGAGGCAGAGCCCCCCUCGCCGACACAGGCCUCGCCCACCUUCAGCAGCGCCCUGCAGCGCUCCAGCCCCCGUACCAUCUCCUUCAGGAUGAGCCCCCGGAGAGACAGCUCAGAGGUGGCCUUAACCCGCAGCGCCAGCGUGAGGAUCCCGGCUAGCUCAGUCAAAUUAGGCCCGAAGCUGGAGCGAUACCACUCAGCCAUACAGAGAUCAGGGUCUGUCAAGAGUUCAAGCCCGUCCCGCACCGAGUUCCUCGUGGCUCCUGUGGAUGUCGCCAGCAAGCGCCACCUCUUCGAGAAAGAGCUGGUGGGCCAGAGCCGAGAGGGCCCAGCCUCCAGCCGCAAGGAGAACUUGCAGCUCUCAGGGGUGGUGACGUCACGGCUCAACCUGUGGAUCAGCAGGACCCAGGAGUCAACACAGCAGGGCCCGCAGAACCAGGAGACGCAGAGAGAGUCAGCAGCUGGCAGGAGGCCCCAGUGGAGGAAGAAACCAGAGCCCCCGCUGGGUGCCGAGGUGUGAGAAGCCAGCCUCAGGCCAGCAGCUGUGCCGGCCACCUCUCCCGCCCGCGUUCUGCCUUGGACCCGGGAGGACGCUGGCUGGCAUCUUCCCCACAGCCCUGUGGGUGCAGGCGUGCCCCGCGCCUUGUCUGGCUGCGGGCACUGCGCGUCUGCACAGCCUCGCCACCCUGUCCACAUGGGUCCUCCUCCUCCGGGGCCGUCGGGUGGCACCGGUGUCUCCGUGCGCCUCUCCUGGCGCCCCCGCCGUCCUUGCACUGCCUGCCGGGCUGGAGGAGCCGCGCUGACCCCUCCCAGGCCCUGCCUUGCUCCCCUUCACGCCCUGCCUGCUGCCCUGGCCAAGCCGUCCUGUGCGCCCUCCCCACUCUCAGGAAAAGGUUGAUAAACUCAUUCACUCUCAGGUGUGACCAGUGA